GAUGGCUGUGAGAAUGAUCACUUGUUAUUGCAUCAAACUCUUUCUCAUUAUCACUAUUAAUCUUGCAGAGUAGGGUCAUUUCAGUGCAGAGCAGACAUUGUAGGCAGCAUCUUGAGGAUGCCUCCGUUUGUACAGGAUGAUGAGCCAAGCCUCUUGGUUGCUCCUUCUUGGACUUGCGAGCUUCGCAAAUUCAGUAAUGGAAUCAUCAAAAGUGAGGCCUUAUGUCCAUACUCAAGAAACAUUUGUUGACCAAUGCACUCCAGUUCCCACUUGGACUAUUGGUGGUGAUAGAGCCAUAAGCUUAAUUGGGCAGAAUAUAACUGUCAUAGCUCUCUUAAAUUCAAGCAGGCCCUUUGGGCGGCAACAAGCAGCCAUGCUGAACCUGCUUCGCAACCGUUUCUACCUGGCUGGAUUUCCAGCCAUUAAUUUUAUGGUCAUUAAUUCCAUGUUAGGAUCUGAAAACUCAGAACUUCUGCAACAUGAAGCUCCCAGUAUACCUGUCUAUCAGGAGCAGUCAAGUGAACCUGUGAAGGAUAUUCUGGGAGUUGGAAAUGAUCACAUUCUCGUCCUAGAUCGAUGUGGACGCAUAGCAUAUCAAGUUAUAUCUCCCUUCAGUAAACUUACCCAUCCUUAUGUCAAAGCUGCUAUUCUAUCAACCUACAAAGACAAUCCAUGUGGCUUGUGUAAAAAAGCUCAAAAUGUAACACCUGUUGCAGAGGAGGGAAAGGCUGGACAAACUUUAGCUUCCGAUACAACAGACCUAGUUCAGUGUCAAUUUAAAGUCUGCAACGAUCACAAAACAGACUUAAGGCUUUACACAGGACAAGAAAGCAAUGCUAAUGGAAAUGAGACCAAUACAAAGGAAGCACAGAGGCUUCAAGAAGUUACUAAAGAGAGAGAAAAUGGGAAUGGUUUGCCUGGGUCCUUCAAACACAAUACUGAGGCUUCAGAAUCUCAAGAAAUCUUACAAAUGCACAAUACAACAUUAAACCUUGGUGAUACUGAUUCCCUGGAAAGAAGUACUGAACCAAGAAAAAGAGAUCAGAAAACAAGUGAACCUGAAGGUCAAAAACUUGAAGUUAUUGCAAAUGGAGAACAUGUAAAAAUUUAUAACAACUCUCAAAUGCCAAAACCAGAGGAUGGACAGAGUCAACUAGGAUCACAAGACUAUCUUGGUCACAUCAAAAACUGGGAUUGGUCUGAGAACCAGAACCAAAGCAUCAUGUCUGGAGGAUCUAUAAAAAGUACAGAACAGUCUGUAGAAGUAGUUCACCAAGAAAACCAUUCCAAAGAAAAAAAGAAGAGAAAGAAAAGGAAGCGUAAAGGAAAAGGUACACCUGCGUAUUGUGCCUCAUUAGAUUGCAGUCAAUCUUCAAACAAUGACCUUUUACAGAACUCGAAUUCUUAUGAGGCUAGUGACACUUCCAUGGAGAAAUUGGUCAAUGAAACUCAAAAGUUGUUCGACUGGUAUCAACAGCAAAUUGAAAAUGGUGAAGAGGAAUAUGAAAGAACUAACAUACUCAAAGUUAAAAUAAUUGACCAUUACAGAAAACUGCUACCAUGGCUCAAUUUCAAAUUAGCGCCUAAAGCAGAUAAUUCUCAAGCUUAACUCACAUGAUAAAAAUACGUAAUAUGCUUCAAAAUAUAAUGGUUAAAACACCAUUAAUGGUUAAAGAUUUAAACCUCUAAAAAUUGUUUUUAAAACUUUACACAACUAAGACAAAAUAAUAAUCCUGAUAUUUUUAAUGAGAAGGGGAAGAGAGGGAAAUG